AAAAGUGAAUCCGGUUGACAUUUGGUCGAUAAUUUUCCUAGGCAGGCCAUUGGAAAAUUAAAAGAAAAAAGAAGUGAAAAAAAAUUAUGUUUAUAAAUUAUUAUCAAAAUAUAAAUUCUGGAUAAUUGUGUGCAACAAUCUGAUAACUUGGGGAGGUAGAAUCAAUCCAUGGAGUCUGAGAAGCCUCAUGCAGUUCUUGUUCCAUACCCGGCGCAAGGUCACGUCAAUCCCCUAAUGCAGCUCGCAAAGCUCUUACAUUCGAGAGGCUUCCACAUCACGUUUGUCUACACCGAGUACCUCAGGGACCGCCUGGUCCGUGUCAAGGGCUUGGGAUCCGUCCAGGGCCCGCCGGAUUUCCGGUUUGAAGCAAUACCUGAUGGCCUGCCCCCAUCUGACAACCCGGACGCCACCCAGAGAACUGCGGACGUGUGUGGUUCCACAAAGAAGCACUCGGUCGCUCCAUUCAAGCAGCUACUGAUUAGGCUGAACUCAACCACGGACAUCCCGCGGGUGACCUGUGUUAUCUCGGACACGCUCAUGAGCUUCACGGUUCGGGUCGCUCAGGAACUGGGCAUAUUCGAGGUUCAGUUCUGGACUGCUUCGGCUUGUGGCCUUAUGGGGUAUAAUCAGUAUGCUGAGCUUAUCAGAAGAGGAAUAGUUCCAUUGAAAGAUGAGAGUGACAAGAGCAAUGGAUACCUUGAGACUACAUUGGAGUGGAUAAAAGCGAUGGAAGGACUGAAGCUCAAGCACGUGCCGGUGCCCUGCCUCACGACGGACCCAGAAGACGUACUGCUCAAUUUCAUGAUCGAGCAAAUGGAGAACUGCAAGAUCUCUUCGGGUCUCAUCAUCAACACGUUCGAUGAACUUGAGAAGGAAGUACUCUCAGAACUGGGAUCAGUCUUCCCUCCAAUUUAUACUAUUGGGCCACUACAUCUUUCCGCCCGGAAUGAGCCUGAAACCCGAGCCAACUCCACUAUGGACUCCACCCUCUGGAAGGAAGAGGCAGAGUGCCUCGAGUGGCUGGACCGAAGAGAUAAACGGUCGGUCGUGUAUGUUAACUUCGGGAGCAUUGUUGUCACUACGGACGAGACCAUAGCAGAGUUUGCCUGGGGUCUCAGAGCCUGUGGAUUCCACUUCUUGUGGGUCCUGAGGCCAGACCUGGCGAUGGGUAGCUCGGCCAAGCUCCCCGAGGGGUUCUUGGAGGAGACCAAAGGGAAGGGUCUGAUAGCGAACUGGUGUCCCCAGGAGAAGGUGCUCUCGCACAGUUCCGUCGGUCUGUUCAUCACUCAUGCCGGGUGGAAUUCCCUCUCAGAAAGCUUGGCCGUCGGUGUCCCUGUACUCUGCUUCCCCUUGCGUGCAGAACAGCCAACUAAUUCCUGGAGCGUGUCCUCCGUUUGGGUCAACGGGAUGGAGAUUCAGCACAAUCCGAAACAGGACGCAAUCUCCCUACUUAUAAAGGAAAUGAUGAUCGGAGAAACCGGAAAAGAGAAGAGGGAAAGGGCAAUGGAGUGGAAAAUGAAGGCACAUGAAGCUACUAGCGAAGGAGGAUCUUCCACUGCCAGUUUAAACAGAUUGAUCGAUCAACUCAUCCACCAAGUGAAGAUAUAAUGUACCCUUCCCUGUAUUGGUUCUUCCUCCAUGUUUCCGAGAAGAUGAUCGGCUAUUUUGGAGUUCAAUUCAGCAUUUGAAUAAGCCUAUGAUCAUCUCGAAUGUGUCAAAUCAAAUGUUCGAGAAUUAAUUUACAAUAUCAAUAUGACAUAUAACCCAACCGUUCCAGGCCCCAAGCACAAACAGAGUGCCCAAGAACAAGAUACUCGAACCUCGCAAAAGCAUCGACAGAUGAAGCUACAACCUUGCAAACAUGAGGUCCCUCCUGAUUGUACACAGAAUCUUCUCCCCAGUCGAACCUUCUCUGCAACUGCUCGUAUUCCUGCCUCCGAGUCACUUCGAUGUGCUGCCACUCCCCCCACCGCUCCGCCAGUCCCUCCCCUUCCAACAUCCUCACGACCUCAGACAUCGGGGGCCAUUCCUCAGGCGAAGGCUGGGUGCAGAGACUGUAAUUCUUGUUCAGGUUUCGGUCCACUAUUGCAUCAAGCUCCUUCUCCCUUUCAAGCUUCUCGACCUUCAAAAGCGUGCUUUCUUAA